AUGCCCGUCUCCCCUCCGCUCAGCUGGAGCGUCCUGGUCCUGGUCCUGAGCUGCAGCUCGUCCAUGGACCCGGCGUCUGAACCUCACCCCCCCCCGCUCUCUCUGAGCGUCCCUCCUCAGCACCAGCCGCCGCUGGACGCGGCGCCCGGCGCCCACUGCCCCUCCUGCGCCCUGGCCCGGAUGAGGAGGAACGAAGGGGGCACGGCGGGGGAGGAGGGGGCUCAGCAGGAGCGAGAGGAAGAGGAGGAGGCUCAGCAGGACGUGGUGGAGGCGGUGAAGAGGCACAUCCUGAACAUGCUGCAUCUCCAGGCUCGGCCCAACGUCACCCGGCCCGUGCCGCGCGGCGCUCUCCUCAACGCUCUGCGCAAGCUUCACGUGGGGCGAGUGGCGGAGGACGGCAGCGUGCAGAUCGAGGGGGAGGAGGAGGCUGGAGGGCGGGGGGGCCGGGGAGGAGGUGGGGGAGGAGCGGCGGCGGCGGAUGGAGCAGGAGACAGCGAUGAUGCUCAGGAGACGACAGAGAUCAUCACCUUCGCUGAGGCCGGUGAAUCUCAGGGCCUGGUGAACUUUGUCCUCUCUAAAGAAGGCGGCUCUCUGUCUCUGGUGGAGCAGGCGAACAUCUGGCUCUUCCUCCGUUUGGCUAAGACCAACCGCAGCCGAGCCAAAGUCACCAUCCGCCUCCUGCAGCAGCGCCAGCUCGCCAACCGCCCGCCGGCUCUGCCGCAGGACGAGGUGCUGCUGGCGGACAAGACGGUGGACACCCGUCGCAGCGGCUGGCACACCUUCCCGGUGUCUGCGGCGGUGCAGGCGCUGCUCGAAGGCCCGGGCAGCCGGGCGCUGAGCCUGAGGGUCUCCUGUCCGCUCUGUGCCGACGCCGGGGCCACGGUGGUCCUGGUCUCCGGAGGUCCGGAGACAUCGCAGCGCGGCAGCCAGCGGGAGCAGUCCCACCGGCCCUUCCUCAUGGCCGUGGUCCGGCCCAGAGAGGGCGGCGAGGCCCGGCGCCGGCGGAAGCGAGGGCUGGAGUGUGACGGGAAGGUGCGCGUGUGUUGCAAGAGGCAGUUCUACGUCAACUUCAAGGACAUCGGCUGGAACGACUGGAUCAUCGCGCCGCCCGGUUACCAUGCCAACUACUGCGAGGGCGAGUGUCCCUCCCACGUGGCGAGCAUCACCGGGUCCACGCUGUCCUUCCACUCCACCGUCAUCAGCCACUACCGCAUGAGGGGCCACAGCCCGUUCCAGAACCUGCGCUCGUGCUGCGUGCCCACGCGGCUACGAGCCAUGUCCAUGCUCUACUACAACGAGGAGCAGAAGAUCAUCAAGAAGGACAUCCAGAACAUGAUCGUGGACGAGUGCGGCUGCUCGUGA